CAUCACAGGUCUGAAGAGUCUCCAUGGAGAGGUGGGAGCAGCAUUGACAUUUGACUUGCUGAAGUACGAUGAGGAGACCCUCACUGCUUUUCUUCGUGUUACCAGCAAGGGUUUGGUGAAGCUGUGGAGCUCCCUGACUCUGCUGGGCUUCUAUCAGAACCAGGCCUGUGCCUUCAGAGUCCUGCAGGUGUCUCCGUACCUGCUCUCACUGUCAGGAAACAGCCGAGAGCUGCAGCUGGACUGACGGAGGAGGAGGAGCUUCAUUUUCUCCAGGAUGAGUUUCAGGUGGAGCAGCAUUUUGAACAAACCUCGGCUCUGCCUCUCCUCCAUCACGGCAGCUGCUCCCUCCUGCAGGCUGCUUCAUGUCGGCCAGCGAGCCUCCCUCACCAAAGCCUUCUCCUCCCGAGACGUGGAGCUGUUCGCCGAGCUGACGGGUGACACAAACCCGCUCCAUCUGGACCCCACCUACGCCCGCACCACCUCCUUUGAGACGCCCAUUGUCCACGGCGUGCUCAUCAACGGGCUCAUCUCGGCCGUGCUCGGCACCAGGAUGCCAGGCCGCGGCUGCGUCUUCCUCUACCAGGAGAUCCGUUUCCCUGCACCGCUCUACAUCGGAGAGGAGGUGCUGGCCGAGGCCGAAGUCCGCAAGAUCAAGAUGUCGUUUGCUUUCAUCGCCGUGACAUGCUCCGUCAAGGACAAGGUGGUGAUGGAGGGGGAGGUGAUGGUGAUGAUGCCCGAGGAUCAGCAGCAGAAGGGGUGAGAGGAGGAGGAGGAGGAGGAGGAGGAGCACCCUUACAGUUAAACCCAAGUGACUCACAAGAUCUUCUGGAUGCAAAAGUUUUCUGUGCACAACAGAAUUUGCUGCAUGGUGCUGUUUAUUUUGUUUAUUGAUCGAGUGUGGAGAACAGUGUCUGGACAGUUUGAUAACCAUGGAGACGUGUCAUUUCAUGUUUUAUUGUUUUUCUAGUUAAAGACAUGAUCUGUACUUUCUUUGAUGUUGUGCGUGGAAUAUAAAAGCUGUGGAAAAAACCCCA